CAAAAAAAAAAGGGAGAAAAACACAUUCUUUUCUCAAUUCUCACAAAUGGAGAUUAAACCCAUAAUUACUUUCUUGUUCUUGGGAACAGUUGUUUUACUUACAUUCCCUAGAACAUGUCUAGCUUCAGAUAACAGAAGAUUUCUUUCAACUCCCAAGAAUAUAGUUAACAAAUACUUGAAACCCCACAAUAAAAUUAGAGCAAAACUAGGCUUGCCACCACUCAAAUGGAGUGAGCAGCUAGCUAACUACGCACGGUGGUGGGCACACCAACGGCAGGGUGACUGUGCAAUGAUACAUUCGGGUUCUGAUUACGGUGAGAACCUCUUCUGGGGAAGCACCGGGAGGCAGUGGGGCCCGGCAGACGCGGUGGCAUUUUGGGUUAAUGAAAAGAGUUUCUACAACUACUAUACUAACUCUUGUGCUCAGGGAAGAGAAUGCUUGCAUUACACACAGAUCAUUUGGAAGCAUAGCAAGAAAGUGGGAUGUGCAAAAGUUACUUGCAGAAAUGGGUAUACGUUUAUUGGUUGUAAUUAUGAUCCUCAUGGAAAUAUCCUUGGACAAAAGCCUUUCUGAAGUAUCUACUGUAACCUGGCCUGUAGCAAAAAUUACUGAACUUCUGAAUCUGUACUGUGUAAGACCCCAAGAUAGAUGGUAAUUUCAAGCAAAGAUGUAAAGUUUUGGCUCAACUUUUGCAAGUUUUUAACAAAGAACAAGUAUAUAAGAGUAAGACCCUCUUUUGGGUUUGAUAAAACCUCUAGGAUAAAAUGGUAAUUAUAUAUAUUUAUUUUAGUACAUGUAAGAGUUCCCUUUUCGAAAAUUUCAAAAGAGUGGCUAUUUGGCUAAAUUUUAGUUAGCGAAAAUUUUCUCCAA